AUGGAGUCGCCGUCGUCGACUGGAGAUUCAUUGACGGCGAGGAUGAUUCCACGCCAUUCAUCGCUCGAUUCGUUCGGAGCAAUGAAAGUCUACCAAUUGGUUAAUCUCGCGAGCAUAAGAGUCUCUAAGUCAGAGCUACGUCAAAGAGUUAUGCUUCCAAAAUAUCUCCGACUCGCAAUCCGCGACUGCAUCCUCUGUAAAGACGUUUCCUCAGCCGUCGCUUCCACCUCCGUAGCACCACCUUCAGACAAAUAUCUCUCGCCGGAAGUUCCUCUGAUGGUCUUCGUUAAUCCCAAAAGCGGUGGUCGUCAAGGUCCACUCAUCAAAGAACGACUCCAAAACCUAAUCAGCCAAGAACAGGUGUUUGAUCUAACGGAAGUGAAGCCUAACGAGUUUAUUCGAUAUGGAUUGGGUUGCUUAGAGGCAUUAGCAUCACAAGGAGACGAAUGUGCUAAAGAUAUUCGUGAAAAAAUGAGAAUUGUGGUUGCAGGUGGAGAUGGAACCGUUGGUUGGGUUUUAGGAUGUCUUGGUGAGCUUAACUUACAAAACAGGCUACCUGUUCCUCCGGUUUCCAUAAUGCCACUCGGAACCGGAAAUGAUCUUUCAAGAAGUUUCGGAUGGGGAGGUUCUUUCCCAUUUGCGUGGAAGUCUGCGAUAAAAAGAACACUUCAUAGAGCUAGCAUUGCUCCAAUAAGCCCUCUAGAUAGUUGGGAUAUUGUGAUUACAAUGCCUUCUGGUGAAAUUGAGGAUCCUCCUUAUUCUCUUAAGACCAAACAAGAAUGUUCCAUUGACCAGAGUUUGAAGAUAGAAGGAGAGUUGCCUCCAUCAAUGAAUGGCUAUGAAGGAGUCUUCUACAAUUACUUUAGUAUAGGUAUGGAUGCUCAAGUUGCUUACGGUUUUCACCAUUUGCGCAAUGAAAAGCCUUACCUUGCGAAUGGCCCUAUCGCCAAUAAGAUUAUAUAUUCGGGGUACGGUUGCUCUCAGGGUUGGUUCACGACGCAUUGCACAAACGACCCGGGUUUAAGGGGUCUUAAAAACAUAAUGACAUUGCAUAUCAAAAAGCUAGACUCAUCCGAGUGGGAGAAGGUACCAGUUCCCAAAAGUGUAAGAGCAGUUGUUGCAUUGAAUCUAAAUAGCUAUGGAAGUGGAAGAAACCCUUGGGGAAAUCUCAAACAAGAUUAUCUUGAAAAAAGAGGCUUUGUGGAGGCUCAAGCCGAUGAUGGGCUUCUUGAGAUCUUUGGGCUAAAGCAAGGAUGGCAUGCUUCUUUCGUUAUGGUUGAGCUCAUCUCUGCUAAACACAUUGCACAGGCGGCAGCGAUACGACUAGAGAUAAGAGGUAGCGAAUGGAAAGAUGCGUUUAUGCAAAUGGAUGGAGAGCCGUGGAAACAGCCUAUGAACAAAGACUACUCUACCUUUGUUGACAUCAAAAGAGUCCCUCACCAGUCUUUGGUCGUCAAAGGAGAUUGUUAA